CAUUGCACUGCAGCUCUGCACCAGCGCAAGCUCAAAAAAUAUUGCGCAAUAUCUGGCACGCGUUGAAGAGACAAACGCAUCGAGAGAGCGCAUGAGACAGCAUAGGGAGUGCGCGCACUCUGUUAAAGCUUAGCGGACUCUCCCAGCAUCCAGUUUUGACAUUUUCAGUGCACGAAACAGUCGCAAAAUUUGUUGUUACAUCCCAUUUGGCAAUAUUGGGCUUAAAAGAGGCAGCUAAAAAAAAAAAUUCAAAAAACGAUCAAUUUAAAAUAUUUUAAUAUUAAAUUUUGGAACAUUUUGGAAAAACAACAAAAUGCGCGGUGAGGAGACAUACAGGCGCACCACACGGGAGAAGAUUGUGCUGAGGGGCAAUACGACCAUUCGUACCGUGGACUCGACUUCUACAUAUCUGCCCAUGACAAGGACUGGCUCGUCAACACCACCCACAAGCUUGUCGCAUAUGGCGCGCAUGAUGGACUCCUUGAUACUGGACUCCAUAUCACCUUUUGCCUUCACCAAAAUCACCGCAACCAGUCGUCCCAUGCGGAAUGGGAACAACUCUAGCAAUGGCAAUGCAAAGAAAACGACUCCCGAUAACAGACCAAUCAAUAAUCUGGGCGCGAACGCGCCCAAUGGUUUGGGUAUCGGAGGAAAUGUGACGUUGCGGAGCAAGCAGCGUCUGCCCACACAAGUCUCAUCCACAGAAGUGGCGCCACAGCCGCGUGCUGGCCACAAUCAUCAUCAGCAACAGCAGCAGCACAGUAGCUCGACGGCCAUGCCUUUUCCCUCACAGCAGCAAGACAAUCGCUGGGUGUCCUCGCUGCGACGACGCGAUCCAGAACUACAGCCCACCCUCCCCUCUAUCAAUAGCAAUGCUAACAGCCUGAGCCAUCAUGGUAGUGCCAGCAACGUGGGUGGUAAUCUGAGCGGCGCCUCCAUAGCUGGAACUGGCAUGGAUCGCCUGCGAACCUCGCGCAGCAUUAAAGCCUCUGCUGUAACUGCGGCCGUGCGAAAGAGUCGAUCUGUGGAGCGUAUGCGCGCCCGCAAACUGAACCCGCAACUUACUCUUAAGCAUAAAGGGAAGAAGAAUUCCUUGGAUGAGAACUCCAAUUCAGAUGAUCAGGAUGCGACGACAUCUCUGGAGGACAACUCGCACUCGACCACUCUAAACACACCCAAGUGCUCUCCGAAAACAAAGACCAAGCAUUUCUCGCCGCUGGGCUUUGAAACGCGCUUGGUCGAUACCUUGGAGAAGGACAUACUGCAACGUCAUCCGGGCGUGAAGUGGACAGACGUUGCGGGACUUAAUGAGGCAAAGACCAUACUGCAGGAAGCGGUAGUGCUGCCCAUUAUAAUGCCCGAUUUCUUCAAAGGUAUUCGACGCCCGUGGCGGGGUGUUUUGAUGGUUGGUCCGCCUGGGACUGGCAAGACCAUGAUGGCUAAGGCAGUGGCCACUGAAUGCGGCACCACGUUCUUCAACGUCUCCUCCUCCACCCUGACAUCUAAGUAUCGCGGCGAGAGCGAGAAACUGGUGCGCCUGCUCUUUGAAAUGGCGCGCUUCUAUGCUCCCAGCACCAUCUUUAUCGAUGAGAUUGAUGCGUUGUGCGCCUCACGGGGCUCCGAUUCAGAGCAUGAAGCAAGCCGGCGCUUCAAGGCGGAACUGCUUAUUCAAAUGGAUGGACUGACGAUGCAGGACGACAAGGUCAUCAUGGUACUGGCAGCCACAAAUCAUCCUUGGGACAUUGAUGAGGCAUUUAGGCGGCGUUUUGAGAAACGUAUUUACAUUCCCCUGCCGAAUGAGGAAACGCGCUCGGCUUUACUCAAACUAUGCCUUCGGGAUGUCUGUCUAUCACCUAAUCUGAACACGAAUCUAAUUGGCGAUGAGCUGAGUGGAUAUUCCGGCUCCGACAUCAGUAAUGUGUGCCGUGACGCCUCCAUGAUGGCCAUGAGGCGACAGAUUUCGGGACGGACACCCGAACAGAUCAAGCAAAUACGACGGGAGGACGUAGACUUGCCCAUAACGCUGCAGGACUUCCAGGAUGCAAUGCAGCGCACUAAGAAGUCCGUUUCGGCUGAUGAUGUAACACGCUUCGAGAAAUGGAUGGAGGAGUACGGGUCCUGCUAGUUGUACGGGUUAUUGAUUAAUUAAUAUUAAAUUAAAUAUAUAUAUACAUAUAUGUACUUCCAAUACGCAAA